CACCACUCAGCAACGACAAUUUACCACCGUCAAGUUGUCCCUGAGUCACCGAGAUACCUAGGUAGUCACGCCGAAACAGCUGCAAUCCCUUCCCGCAGUCCCAAGGAACGAGUAAGAAUCGCCGUUAUAGAGCCCGUGCCCGGUUCUAUUUAUUAAUGACUUGGGAUUUCAUAGCUCGCCCUGCCGACCUCCCGUCUGCGUACCGAAAAAAACCAUCGCUAUGCUCGACCUUCAAGACUUCAUCAAGGAGCGCGGCGGCGACCCGGACAAAAUCCGCGAGUCCCAGCGCCGUCGUCAUGCGCCCGUCGAGAUUGUCGACGAGGUCAUCGCUCUGUGGGAUGACCACCGGAAGACCCAGUAUGCGGCGACGCAGUUCGGCAGCGAGAUCAACGCCGUACAAAAGGAGAUCGGCAUGAAGAAGAAGAAUAAGGAGAAUGCCGACGACCUGCUGAAGAAGAAGGAGGACCUGCAGAAGCAGAAGAAGGACAAGGAGGAUGAAGCGGCUGCGAAGCUCGUCGCGCUCAACGCAAAGGCCAAGAGCAUCGGUAAUUACGUCCACGAUUCAGUUCCUGUCAGCGAUAACGAGGACAACAACGUCACGGAGCGCAAAUGGGAGCCCGAGGCUGGUCUUGGGGCCAAGACAGAGCAGACGCUUUCCCACCAUCAGGUGGUCACCCGCCUGGCGGGCUAUGACUCUGAGCGUGCAAUCAAGCUUGUCGGCCACAGAGGUUACUGCCUGACCGGAUACGGACUGUUUCUCAACCAGGCGCUCAUCAACUAUGGUCUCGAGUUCCUCUUCAACAAGGGCUACACACCCAACCAGCCCCCCUUCUUUAUGAACCGCAACCAGAUGGCCAAGACUGCCCAGCUCGAGCAGUUCGACGAGGAGCUGUACAAGGUGACGGGCGACGGCGAGGAGAAGUAUCUCAUCGCCACUUCCGAGCAGCCCUUGUCCGCCCUGCACAGUGAGGAGUGGCUUCAGGCCAGUCAGCUACCCAUCAAAUACGCCGGUUACAGCACGUGCUUCCGCAAGGAGGCCGGCAAGCACGGCAAGGAGGCCUGGGGUCUAUUCCGUGUACAUCAGUUCGAGAAGAUUGAGCAGUUCGUCUUCUGCAAAGCCGAGGAGAGUUGGAAACACUUUGACGAGAUGAUUGCCGCCUCCGAGGAGUUCUACAAGAGCCUGGGUUUACCCUACCGGGUCGUUUCCAUCGUCUCUGGAGCUUUGAAUAACGCCGCCGCCAAGAAGUACGACUUGGAGGCCUGGUUCCCCUUCCAGCAGGAGUACAAGGAGCUCGUCUCUUGCUCCAACUGCACGGACUACCAGACUCGCGAGCUCGAAGUUCGCUACGGUGUGAAGAAGGCCAAGGAGGCCCCCGGUGCUGGACGCAAGGACUACGUCCACGCCCUUAACGCCACCCUCUGCGCUACAGAGCGUACCCUCUGCUGCAUCAUGGAAAACUACCAGACCCCCGACGGCCUCAAGGUCCCCGAGGUGCUGCGCAAGUACAUCCCCGGCCAGCCCGAGUUCCUGCCCUACGUCGCCGAGCUGCCCAAGGAGAUCACCGUCGUCGCCGGUCAGAAGAAGAAAUAGAGAACGCGUCAGUCGUCAUUGUCGGGCUCGUCGUCCUCCCUUGCUUGACGCAAGAGUUCUGGGUUUUCGGUGAACGGGGCGGCGAUAAGUACUCGGCAUCGGCUGGUAGAGUCAUGCCCGGCUCGCCUCGACAGGAGUGGCACGGGGGAGAGAGAUGGGUGGACGGUCAGCGGGAAGAUACACACACGCACAGCCUCUGGCUGCUCUACUGAGAUGUCGUUUGGCGGUGGACGUACGGAUAGACUAGCAGCACUAUCAGAUGAAUAAAAGUUGCUCAUGCCUCGCAACCUCCUUGCCUUUGAUGAGCCGGCGUCCGGCACUAUGGCUAGGCGGUCUCACCACGAAAGUCUAGCCACACGGCACCUGUUCCGGAAAGGGAUGUCGAUGGGAACACGGAC